CGUGCUGCCGCCGAGGUACAGGGACCGCGUCCUGGUCGUCCUCACUGGCGAUGACAGGAUACACGGCACCAGCCUGGACUUCGUGUGGUGGUUCUUCUUCCGAUGUUGCGGGAUGUGCACCGGCGAUUGGACGCGGUGCCUCACCAGAAGCUGCCUGUGCCCUUGCAAGAGGAUUCGCGGGCAGAAUUUGGUCAACGUUGUCGGGAGAUACCUCGGCCUUACGCACUACACCGUGGAGCUGAAGAACAUCGUCGUCGGCGAUCUGCCGUGGACGGGCCCCGGAGAUUUCUUCCUCCAGGUCGAGUGCGAGGCCAACCCGCCGAUUAACUCCUCCCUGGCGCAGUCGAAGGAGCCCAAGGUGGUGCACUUCCCGGAGCUGGUCACGCUGCACCUGCGGUGGUCGCACUUCGAGCAGCAGG